CUUUGGUUUUGGGGAGGUGUUGUACUCCCGUUGCGUAGCAACGCUACGCCGCAGGCUCCCGUAAGCGUAGGCGGCUACGCGUGACGUAGACGGACUACGGAUGACGUAGUAGGAAAUUUCAACCUUUUUGAAGGUUACAGUCUAUAUUUAAAAAUAAACUGCACAUAUAAUUAUGUUGUGUAACAAAAACAAAGCAUCCUUUCACGCGACAAGGUCAGCUUUGUUACUAAAAAUCGAAAUCUGCGUGCAAAACGAUAACGCGAUACAUUUUAUCAAAAUGUAUCAAGCAUUGGUGUUGAGACGGAUAUUUGUAAUUUUUGUACGUGUGAGCGGGACGGGAGUUGUAGCAACAAGUCGCGCUCGCGUUAUCGGCAGUGACGUCACGACCCUUUCACUGGCGCGAACGUUCUCACGACGUCAGUCCACGCGGCUCGGUCACGGCGUCCACCCGUCUCGCUGUGUUCCUAAAACGACUGACGCGCGUUCCAUAUUCAAAAAUUUAAAAAGUUUAGACGGGCCUGGAUUCUAGGGAAUUUCGCCAUGGGUGUUAUCAAGGUGUCCCCCGAUGCUGCGUCUCUGAUCUCCGUGUGUGACAUGCUCGACGACAUGAAGAGCGAGUCGAGCUACACAUCCUCGGAGGAGGGUUGCGGCGGCGGCGAGCGGCACGCCGUGCUGAGCUACGAGCAGGUGUCGCGGCUCAACGACGUCAUGGACGAGGUGGUGGCCAUCCACGGGCGCGGCAACUACCCCACGCUGCACGUGCGGCUGCGGGAGCUGGUGGCCGGCGUGCGGGCGCGGCUUGAAGCCCCCCAGCUCGCCGGCGGCGCCGGCGUCGCCGUCCGCGACGUGCGUCUAAACGGCGGAGCGGCUUCUCACGUUCUUGCCGAUCGCCCUCAGCCCUACUCCGACAUCGACCUCAUUUUCACCGCCGACCUCCCCACCGCGCGCCACUGCGACCGCGUGAAGGCCGCCGUGCUCGGCCACCUCUCCACUCUCCUGCCCCCGGCCACCCCUCGCCGCCGCGCCCCCACCGCCGGCCUAAAAGAAGCCUACGUCUCCAAAAUGGUCCGCGUCAACUCCGACGGCGACCGCUGGUCGCUCAUCUCCCUCGGAAACUCCCGCGGACACAAAUCCGUGGAGCUCAAGUUCGUGGACACCAUGCGACGUCAGUUUGAGUUCUCCGUGGACUCGUUCCAGAUCGCGCUAGAUUCGCUACUCGCGUUCCACGAGUGCGCAGCGCUACCCAUCGGCGAGAACUUCUACCCGACCGUAGUCGGCGAAUCUGUGUAUGGAGAUUUCCGUGAAGCUCUGAUCCACCUAACGGAGAAGUUGAUCGCGACACGCCAGCCCGAAGAAAUACGCGGUGGCGGCCUGCUUAAGUAUUGCGCGUUACUGGCUAAAGGAUACAGGGCCGCGCGGCCGGAUCGCAUCAAGACGCUAGAGCGAUAUAUGUGCUCGCGGUUCUUCAUCGACUUCCCCGAGCUCGGCCAGCAGCGCGCCAAGCUCGAGGCGUAUCUACGGAAUCACUUCGUCGGGCGCGAGGAGGAGGCUCUCAAGCACCGCUAUUUAACGCUGCUGCACGGUGUAGUUCGCGAGUCGACAGUGUGCCUCAUGGGCCACGAGCGGCGGCAGACGCUGGCGCUGAUCGAGCACCUGGCGUGCCGGGAGCUGUGCGCGCGGACGCCGGUGCUGCUGGCGCCCGGCGUGGGCAUGGGCGUGGGGAUAGGAGUGGGCGGCUACUACGUGUGCGUGUGCGCGGCGUGUGCGGCGUGCGCGGCGUGCCCCGCCUGCGCCGCGUCCUACUGCCAGUGCUGCCGCCCUCAGCUGUGCCCCGCGUGACCGCGCUAGACCACCGUGAUCAGAGACACGUGAUUCUUACCUUCUUUAUCGAUCGAUGAAUUUAGUGCCAAAUGUAUAUAAUAAAAAAUAUAUGUAUAUGUAUGAUUCACUGUCCUAUAGGCGAGUGUAUAUAAUGUGUUAUUAAUUACGCUUCGUAUUCUUGGCUGGAUUUUUAUUAGGAAAAAAAUGGGAAACACCAAAGCGAAAAGGACAGGUCGGUAGACUUACGCUUCUUUGGCGAUUGCGAAUAUUUCAUUAGAUAGAAUCGAGUGGGCGUCGAGCACUGACGCCGAGCCCGCUCGACUUGCCAUUGAACCUCGCGGCCUUCUGAGCCAUAUCGGUAGCUUCAUGUGGAGACAAUUUACCCUGUGUCAAUUCGAAGUUGCUCACUUUACUAGUACACAGAUCAAUUCUCACCAGUCAAUUCUCCCGCAAGGCCUCCACGGUAGUAUCCUGGAAUCUACUAGCUAGUCACUACUGAUCACCAAGGCUUGGUGAAGAGUUUAACUAACUCUGAUUGGUUAUGAUGGCAGUAUUACUGACUAUUAGUGACCUAGACUACCAACCCCGUACUCGUUUGCUAAUAAUUCUAAUCAACUAUUGUAAUGUUAGCUAGAGAACUAAGCAGAACGUAUUUAGCCAACGCUUGAGGUCAAACGUGGAAUAAUUUCUAGUCGUACUCCUUUCGUGUUGAUAAUUUAAUAUGUUAGCAGUACGAAAAUUAUUUUCCACGAAAUAUAAUGGACGCAUUGUUAGGAAUAAGUCCGAGUCGAUGGUCUGCCUAUAAAAAAAGACUAGUUAGUUAUUAUUAAGCUUUUUAUGUAUAAAAUUGUCUCCAUAGUUUUAGUGGCAUGUCUCUCAAAAAAAAACCCGCUCAAAUGUCAAAGGCGUUACGCCUGACUCGAGCUUCAACUAGGACUGCUUUGGAAGAUAACGAUAUUUCAGCAGCAACUAAAAGCUAAAUAGAAACAAGUCCGGCCUUGUCGUUGGCCUUGAGAAACGUUUAUUCGGGUUUAGGGACGUACGAACG